AUGAAAUUUAACAGAUCGAAUAGUACCUAUAGUACAACAACCCCAUGGGACAUCUUCCGCAUAGUUCCAAUUGAUACCAAAGAUUUUGAUGAGUCUAGUCAAUUGGUUGAAGUUUUCAAACAGAUUUCCAAACUAUUGAUUUAUUUAUUAACUUUCAUUAUGGUAUUACUGACUACUAUGAUCAGUAUGGGUUGUCUCUUGAUUAUAACUGCCAGCCUACAUUCCGAAAAUUUUUCUAGACAUUUAGAUUUCCCUAUAUUAUCAAAUGAUAACCCUUCUACCAUCCAUAAUACAAUGAAAGAUUUUCAUUUAAAGGAAGUUUGUUUGACUCGCAAUUCGAAACAUAUUUCCAUCGUAGAGCCUGUUUCCUAUAUUGUUGAUGAACAAAAGGUAAACAAAAUUUCUCGACCAAAAAAAAAUAGUCACUUAGCCCUUUAUGCCAUCUAUGAUAAAAAGUAUAUUGUUAAUACUAUGGCAGAAACCAAGAAUAGGUUGGAUAAUAAUAAACUCCGUUCGGAAGAGAAUAUAAAAGGCGGUUCACCGUCAAGUCUUAAAUACAAUUAUCCUAUUCAACCGUUUUUAGAUCCUUUCAAAGCUGCCUCCUUAAAGUGGUUGUGGUCAAUUUUGAUUUGCGUUUGUAUGCCAUACGUUUUUAUAUUUAUACGUAGUUUGAGGCAAGUUUUAUUUCACACUACGUUAUCACCUUCUUGGAGAAUUUUUGGCAUAGUUUUCAGUAUUGAAACCCUUCAUACAAUAGGAAUUUGUUUGUUUGUAUUGAAAGUUCUUCCAAACCUCGAUUCUGCCCACGGAAUAAUGAUAACACAUUGUUUUUGUAUCAUACCAGGAAUUUUGCACAUGUUUUGCAGAUCAAAUGCAAACUUGCCACUUUCAUUAAGCCAAAAUAACAAACCUGUUAAAAAUUUUAAGUGGGUUAAAAUCGGAUUAGAUCUCCUUUCUAUUAUAUCAUUUAUUGUUGGCCUAAUUGUAUGGCCCCUGAUGGCAAUUGAAGGUCAAAAUAUACAUGAUGGAUUGGGGUGGGCAAUUCCUUUAGCGGCAAUAUUAAUAUCACUUAGUUGGUGGGAAAAUUUUGUAGAUAAAUGUUCUAAUUCAUUUUCGUGCGUACACAUCCUAUCAUCAAUCAAGGAAAAGCUGAAAAGAUCCAGGGCUAAAACUUAUGUUUACAUAAGCCUCUGGAAAUUAUUUUUGACCUUUUGCGUGAUUAGUUCGUAUGCUUUGUUUACGUUAGAGUACAAUUUUUUCGACGUAAAUACGAUAUUUGAAACGCCUACCCAAACACUAAACAUGUAUCGCAAAACUUUAUUACCGAUAUUUUUUUCCCCUGUUGCAGCUGAAUAUUCCCCUUUGGGCUAUGUAGUGAUUGAUAAUUACGAUUUUAUAAUGAGGCCAAGGAUAACAAACGAUAGUAAUGUUGCUUUGAACAAAUUAAUAAAUAUAGCUGUUGAAAGUACGCACACCAUUGACAAUAAUCUGCUCGACUUGAUUAAAAAAGGCCCACAAAAUAUACCCACACUUGAUUAUCAUAAAUGGAUACUGGAGCAGGCAUGGAGAAUUGGGGGGAGUGCUAUUUAUAACAAUAAUUCUUCACUCACUAUCAAGGUAUUGAGAGAUUAUUUGCCAUCUUUUAUUCGUGUAAACAAUUUAAAAGAGGAAGCAACGAGGUUAGGCAUUAGUAAAGAAGAAAAUCUUUUAGGAGCUACGCUUAUUUCUCCAAUAAAUGUUCCAUACAUUACAUUUUGGAUGAUAAUUAUAGCUCAAGUAUUCGCCUGUUUACUAUGUUAUUACGUAUGCAAAUUUACUUGUAAAGUUACGAUUCAAGAAUUUAGUUUCUCAUUACCACUUACAUUAGCCGUUCCAAUGAUAUUGACAUUGAUUACUGUAACUUGUGAAAUGGAGAGUAACAACCCAUGCUCCAUUAGAUCAAAGUUUUUCGCUGAAAAUAUUUUUUGGAAAUGUUACACUAGAAAUCAUAAGGAUAUGUUUAGGUAUGCAUGGAUUUGGGGUUUAUGGGUAUUAUCUCAAACAUGGAUAACAAUACAUAUAUGGUAUCCAAAAGUAGAAAGACUAGCCAAGACUGAUAAGUUAUUCGUGAGUCCUAUGUAUUGCCCGGUGUCUCUAGUUCAAUCCUUAUCACUUAAUAGGAGAAGAGAUCGAAAAAUUUUAUAUUCCUCAAGAAGAGCUUUUCAGGAUAACGAGAAAAUAGAUUAUGGAAUAUACGACGAGGAUGAUAUGGAUAAGUAUGUGUUAGACGAGGAAGAAACUUUGGAAGGAUUAGGUUCUCAGUAUAAUCCUUAUGAAAGUGAACAUUAUUUAAGAAAUGGAAUUGGGUCUAAUAAGGGAUUGAAUCAAAAGCCACAUCAACAAAAUGGCACUAGGGAUUCCAAUAAUAUCUAUGCGAGUAUUGAAAGCCUAAAAAAUAGGUUAGAUGGAAAGGUAACUAAGAUCAAAGUGCCUUCCCAAAUUCUUCCUCCAGACUUGGAAAGUAAUAAUAAUUUAACAUCUAUCGAAGAUAUAAACUCAGGGGAUGAUUCUACUAUUCGGAUAUACAUAUGCGCUACAAUGUGGCAUGAGACGGCCGACGAAAUGACUCAAGUGUUAAAAUCAAUAUUCAGAAUGGACGAAGACCAGAGUGCUCGAAGGAAAGCAGAAAAGUUUUUGAAAGUGGCAGAUCCAGAUUAUUAUGAAUUUGAAGCUCAUAUAUUCGUAGAUGAAGCUUUUGAAGAAGAUGAUAAAGGAUAUCGUACUAUAAAUUCAUUUGUAAAGCAAUUGAUAAGCGUGGUCGAUAUAGCUGCAAGUGCGGUUCAUCGGACACCUAUGAGAUUAGCUCCUCCGAGAAAAGUCAUCAUGCCAUAUGGAGGAAAACUUAUAUGGAAUUUGCCCGGAAGGAACACAUUAAACGUUCAUAUGAAGGAUCGUACUAUGAUUAGAAAUAAAAAACGCUGGAGUCAAGUAAUGUAUAUGUAUUAUUUGCUGGGACAAAAAUUAUGGGUUCAAAUCGAGGAUAUACAACGAAAACAAGUUAGAGCAGAUAACACAUUUAUUUUGACAUUAGAUGGAGAUGUAGAUGUUAAGCCAGCGGCUGCUCAAUUAUUGAUUGAUCUGAUGAAAAAAAAUCAUAAAGUAGGAGCGGCAUGUGGAAGAAUUCAUCCUGUUGGAGCAGGUCCUAUGAUAUGGUAUCAAAAGUUUGAAUACGCGAUAGGUCACUGGUUUCAAAAGGCAACUGAACAUAUGAUCGGCUGUGUAUUAUGUAGUCCUGGCUGUUUCAGCUUGUUUAGAGCAUCUGCUCUAAUGGAUGAUAAUGUGAUGAGAAAAUAUGCUUCUAAAUCAGAAAAAGCUAUGCACUAUGUUCAAUAUGAUCAAGGUGAAGAUAGAUGGCUAUCGACUCUAUUAUUACAACAAGGAUACCGUGUGGAAUACUGUGCUGCAGCAGAUGCUUUUACACAUGCUCCAGAAGGAUUCUUUGAAUUUUAUAAUCAAAGACGACGUUGGAUUCCAUCAACGUUAGCUAACAUAUUGGAUUUACUUUGUAGUCAUAAUAAGACAAUCCAAAUGAACGAUAGCAUAUCUUUCGCAUACAUUGCAUAUCAAUGGGCAUUGCUAGGUUGUGCUUUAAUUGGUCCGGGUACAAUUUUUUUGAUGAUAGUAGGGGCCGUAUCCCUUGUGUUCCACAUGAACCUAUGGAAAUCGUUUGCGCUUAACCUAGUACCAAUAAUUUGUUUUGUGUUUAUAUGCAUAUCUGCGGAUUCGGAGACACAAUUAUUAGUUGCAGCAUUUUUAAGUGCUUGUUAUGCAUUGCUUAUGAUUUCCGUAUCUGUUGGUAUAUCUGUUCAAAUAACAGAUGACGGCUUGACAUCACCAUCGUCUAUUUUCUUGUUCGUAUUUGUAGGCUGUUUUUUUGUGGCGGCAUUAUUACACCCGCAAGAGUUUUGGAACAUAGCUUACGGAAUUUUAUACUUUCUCUCUAUACCGGCAAUGUAUUUGUUGUUAAUCGUUUACUCCUUGACUAAUCUUCAUGUAGUACAAUGGGGUACGCGAGAAGUUCCGGGUGCCGAUAAAAUUGAUCGUUUUAGGGAAGACAGGAAAAAAAAGAGAUUAAAUGAAGUUGCCCGUUCUAAAUGGAAGGCUACAAAGCUUAAAUACUUGUAUGAUAAUAUCAUGCAACGUCGAAUUCAAAAUCAAUCUGAGACCCAACAUUUAUUAAUGGCUUACCCUCAGAAAGGCCCUACAGGUGAUAAUAGUCUAACGAAUAAAUUAAAUAACAUGAUUCCUAAUUACGGAUACUUAAAUAAUUUGAUGAAGGAUAAUUCUAGACUUAAAGGCAGACAGAUAAUUCAAGAGGAAGUUGAAUCAGAGGAUGUACCAUUAUUGUCUCAUGGGUUAAUUGAAGAAACACAGGAUUUGAAUGGUGAUAUUUUGUUAGAAAGAUUAGAAGAAUUGAUUUCGAGUUCUGAUGAAGAAUCUGAUCAAGACAUUUUAUUAUACGACAAUGUAGAUGAAGAUGAAGGAUUCGCUUUUAAUUGUGGAACUCUUUGUCGUCUCACAUGUUGCUCCAAAAAAGACAACAAAUCCAAAACCAGUAAAUCCGUUUUAUUUAAAGGGAAGCCAAAACGAAAGAGGAAUUAUUACUCUUCCAGCGCAUUAUUUGAUAGGGCCAAACGAAUGUUAAUACAAAAUCCGGUUAUCCGACAAUCUCAUUCUUUCUACAGCCCUGAAAAAUUGCAUAAUAUAAACGAAAACUUAAUCAACACAAAAAAGUAUUUGGAUAGUAAAGAUAACCUAGACCAGGUCUCAAAAGUAAAAGGUCGAAAUCUAAUUGCUGAGUCAAAUUUUCAGAAUAAAAAAAUAAAGCAAGUUCGGAUCAAUAUGGGGAAUGCUAUUAUGUCACCUAUAGAUGACAUAGAGAGGGUUACCUGGGUAAAUGACAAAUCAUUGCGGAAAGGGGAAUUAACAGAAAUAAGUCAAGAUGAAGAAACAUUUUGGAAAGAACUGAUUGAAACGUAUUUAUAUCCUUUGGACGAAGACGAAGAACAUAAAAUAAAGAUCAAAUCAGAUUUGAAAUCGUUGAGAAACAAAGUAAUCCUGGGAUUUUACAUGGUCAACGCCUGUUUUAUCUUAAUUAUUUUCCUCCUUCAACUACGAAAAGAUAAAAUAUACAUUGUCUGGCCUUGGGGUAAAAAAACUUCGCGCCUUCUAAAAGAUAAAGAAAUAUUAAAGGAUAAUAUAGAGGAUACAUUUUAUGAGGAAUUUUCAUUGGAAUUUUUAGAAAAUAGCGACAAGCAAUAUUUAAAACUAGAACCAAUAGCUUUGGUGUUUCUUGUUGUUUUUAUGUUUUUAUUGAUAACACAAUUUGUUGCUAUGUUAGCCCAUAGGUUUAGUACUUUCCAGUUAAUUUUGGCGACCACUGAACUAUCAUUUUUGAAAUGCUGGAAUAAAAAAAGAGGACUCUCCAGAUUUAGAUCGGGUUUGAGAAACGGUAAAAGUGAUGCAUCUUACCCUCCACAACUGACAGCUGAACAAGCGGUAGCUUUAGUUCGCGAACUCCAAAAGUUAGAGGGCCUCGAUGAAGAAAUUGAAUAUGAAGCUCAAAGAGAACACUCUAUUAAUGACUCCGUUAAUCAAAAAGGAAUUCCCAUGAAUGGCAAAUCAACUACUUCCUAUAUCAAUGGAGGUUUCGAUAGAGCCAACGAAUCAUUUCACAAUAUACCUUUCAAUACACCUAAUUCUAAACCAAUACAAAAUGGUAACAUGUAUAAUAAUUCUGCUGCCAUCGAUAAACGCCGCAGAAAUGGUGAAGUGUUCAAUAAAGGUCGUCGAUCUGUUGCUCAAAAUUUGGCUAGAAAUAUGAGUAUAAGAGCUGAUGGAAGAUUAACAUCCCGAAAAUACACUACUAAUACAUUAGAUGCCGCCUUUGCUAAACGAUUUCUAGCCUUAUCAGAAAAAAUCAACAAUCCCCAAUUUAUAGAAGAUACAUACAAUUAUAAUAACAAUGAAAACUUCGCCUUAGAUUACAAUUUAGAUGAAUCAAAAGCUGUAAGAAAUGUUAAAUUUCUGACAGGGCAUCCUAAAGAUAUUAAGAGUCGACGUAGAAAGCAACAAAAUAUGAAUGACUACAAUGAUCUUAAUGUUCCUAAACACAAUUUUCGAGAAGAAAUAACUGGAGGCGCAAGAGGUCACAAUGUUUUCGAUACGAAUUUGUAUCAACACAAUAAAAUAGUUAAUUUACCAUUGACGAAUUCAAAAAUUUUUAAUUAUCAAGUAGGUGUUUUUAGGGCCGAUAGGAAUACACUCAGAGUUUUAGCUGAUAAAAAGGACACUAUUUUUAGACGCGAUAUUUUGGAUGAACUAAAGAAGGAAACACUAAAGCUUAAUAAUCAACACAAGGAUAAGUCGAAGGUCGAAACAAUAGAUUAUAUCAAGAAUAAUGGGAAGAAAAAUUCAAAAAUAAAAAACCUAGAGCGAGAAAAUAAUGAGAGCAAUAGAAAUAACCCGAAAGAAGGAGAAAUCUAUUCAAGUAAAAUUAACACUGGGAACAGGCCUAGAAUAGAUAAUUUUUUUGAAAAAUAA